CCGUUCGAAGAAAAAAGAGGGCUCUGGAAGGAUUGCGGACAACUGACAAACCUUCGAGCACCUGCCAAAAUGGAUCAACAAUUGUUGGUCUGGGAGCAUGCGACCCUGACAAAGAUUGUUCUUUUGUUUAUUCCGUCUCUUUUUAUCUCGUUACUUGUACAUCGCAUCAUCAGCGACUACCUGAAGCUACGCCAUGUCCCAGGGCCAUUUUUCGCGGCGUUUUCGAAUCUUCCACGGGUUUCCUGGGUUCUCUCAAAGAGAGCUCACAAUAAGCACAUAGAACUUCAUGAGAAAUACGGUGACCUCGUCAGAUUUGGCCCUAACAUGGUUUCCUGUUCGGAUCCGACUCAAAUCCCCACAAUAUACCCGCUCAAGGGGCGGGGAUUCGUCAAGUCUCAAUUUUACAAGGUCCUCCUGCCGUACUCAAAGGGAAAGUCGUUGCCUAGCUUGUUCGGGACCGACGAUGAAGACAUCCACAAAGCGCUCAAGAAGCCCAUCUCCGGAAUCUUCUCCAUGAGUAACCUGGUCACUUUCGAGCCGUACGUCGACAGCACGAUUCAGCUGCUGUUGGAGCAGCUUGAUCGCCGCUUCGUGCUGACCGGCGAAGCGUGUGACUUUGGACAGUGGCUGCAAAUGUUCGCAUUUGACGUCAUGGGAGAACUGACCUUUUCCAGGAAAUUCGGCUUCCUGAAGGAGGGUCGCGACGUCGACGGUGUCAUGGAGAAGAUCUGGGAACACUUCAAGACGGCUGCGCCCGUAACACAAAUGCCGUGGAUCGACAGGUUCUGGAACAAGAACCCCCUGCUCGUCCGCUUUUGGCCAUCUACAGCGUCUCCAAUAAUGGCGUUUGCGCGACAGCGAGUAUUGGAGAGACAAGCCGCCGAGAAAGACUGGGAUGAGGCAAGCGAAACCAAUCCCAGAGACUUUCUGUCUCGAUUCGUGGAGGCUCAAGCGAAAGACUCGUCGGUUCCGGAUUGGGCUGUCACCGUAUGGGUCUUCUCCAACAUCACGGCCGGGAGCGAUUCGACGGCGGUGGUUCUCCGCUGCAUCUGGUACAAUUUGCUCCAUCAUCCCGAGACGUUGGCAGAGCUGCGGCGGGAGCUGGAGCGCGCGGACCUGUCCCAGCCGUGCAAGUGGAAGGAAGUCCACGAGUUGCCAUACCUUACUGCCUGCAUCAAAGAAGGCAUACGCAUGCACCCGCCCUUUGGCCUGCCAUUCGAGCGCGUGGUGCCGGCGGGCGGCGCAGUCAUCAGCGGAAAGUACUUGGAGGAGGGGACGGUGGUUGGGAUGAGUGCAUGGGUUGCCAACAGAAACAAGGCGAUUUUUGGACACGACGCAGAGCGAUGGAACCCUGGCCGGUGGUGUUGCGACGACGGCAGAAGGAAAGAGAUGGAGAACGCCAUCCUGACGUUUGGCGCAGGCAAGCGACAGUGCCUGGGACGUCACAUCGCCUACUUGGAGAUGUUCAAGCUCAUUCCCUCCCUCGUCCAAGCCUAUAAUAUUGAGCCUAUCGAAUCCGAGGGUUGGACAAUCGAAAACUUGUGGUUCGUUACGCAGAAAGGGCUGAAGGCUCGCCUGAGCAAGAGGGUGGUCUGAGUGAUGCAGACCCCGCAGCAUUUACUAAGCCCUUCGUGCCCUUGUCAGCUCACAGCCGUAUAUGCACGUGACUGAUGCAUCCUCUGCAUAAUACGUAAUACCCAUGCAAUAUGCCGAGCAGCCGAGUGAACAUCCAAUACAUUGGCGAGAUCGGUGCGGGGGUAGCGAGCAUUUUAAUAGUCAAGCCAGCCAUCUCGCAUUAUGGCC